AUGGCGAAAUGCGUCUGCUUCUGCAACAACAAAAAAUUAACGGAACUGGCUAAGUAUUUUCCUGAAUUAGCUCCAUUGCUUGAUUCUAUAGACAGUUAUUCUUUAUGUGGAGGGCACUAUAAUCAGCUUGUCACUAAAAAUCUUUUUAUUAAUAAGCUAAAAAAAGAAACUAAUCCAAUUCUUCUAUCUCCAGGUGAAUCUAAGAAAAAAAGAUUGAAGUUUUUUAACAAUGAUGAGCCACAAGUUUCUGAAAGAACUUUCGUCAAUUUUGGCACUCAAGUUGAAAGAACUUUCAUCGAUUUCAGCACUCAAGUUGAAAGAACUUUUGUCAAUUUUAGUAUUCAGGUUGUUUUACUUAAAAAAAAAGCUUGCACUAAUUUUGGAUCUCAAGUAUCCUUUUUACAUCCAAUGUGUGAAAUUCUUCAAAAAAGAAUUGAUAAGUUAGAAAAAAAUAAUGAGCAAUUAUUAAGUGAAAAUGAGCCAUUAAAAAAAAAAUUAAUCGAAAAAUUUACUAACCAACAAGAUUGCAUUCAUUCUAUAAUAAAAAUCGCCAAAAAAGAAUAA